CGUGUACAGGCUGCAUGCGCACCACGUGUCCACUCUUGGAUGCGAUACGGUGCCAGAAUUCUCGACCCACUCGCAUGUUCAUCGGCGGUGUGAAUCCGGGCGGACAUCUCACAGAUAUCAAUCCGCGUAAUUAGUUCCUUCAAUUCCUCAAUCCGCUUUCCUUCUUUCAGGGCGAACCCAAAGGCAAUCCUUAGUGGAAGUUUGCGAGCUCAGCAAAAAUGUACCUCAUGAAGACGGAAGACGGGACCUAUACGCUGAAGAAGGUCAGCCCAGAUGGCAAACCGACAAAGUCUGCCCACCCAUGUCGCUUCUCCCCAGAUGACCAGUACAGCCGGCACCGUGUGAUUACCAAGAAGAGGUUUGGUCUUUUGCCGACCCAGAGGAAGACCAGCUCUGAGAAGUAACGUACCGCAGUAGUUUCGCCGUAUGGUUCGCGGGCGGAGCGAUGCGGAGUUUAGAAGUCUCGGCAAGUAGUCGGUUGUCCUUGUACCUGUGAAUAUGUCCGCUAUUUGCUCAUUGUAAACACUGUCCCGAGAAUUUCGAGGAGCGCCAUUGCUGCUCCUGUUCCUCAUUCUGCGCUUGUUCAGAAAUAGCUCGAAUCUUGCUACAUGCUGCACUG